AUGCGUCUAUCUACACUGCUGGUGGGAUCCCUGCUAGCCCUCCAGGCUGGUGCUAUUCCCGGACGCGACAAUGCCGCCAUCUUACGCCGGGCCUGCCCUGACUACACAUCGUAUUCUCAGACCCAGCACUUGCCGAACAUUCUCGUCCCCUCCGUUGAAAAAGUCAUCGACGAUGUGGCAUCCCGGCUUGUUGAUAAGGACCUUGCGCAAUUAUUCCGUAAUGCCUUCCCAAACACUCUGGACACCACAAUUCGCUGGCACCAGAAUGACACAAGUCCUUCGCCCAAGAAGCAGAGGAAACGAGACACCUCGGUGUGGACUGGCUUGCAGACAUUCAUUGUAACUGGCGACAUCAACGCCGAGUGGUUGCGAGACUCGACAAAUCAGCUCACCAACUACCAGAAGCUGGCAUCCAGUGACAAGAGUCUGUACAACCUCAUUCUUGGAGCAAUUGCGACUCAGUCUGAGUAUGUUAUCCAAUCGCCUUACUGCAACGCUUUCCAGCCACCGUCUGUCAGUGGUGUCCAGCCUGAGAACAACACUCAGCUCGAUACUGUUCACCCAGCUUAUGAGAAGUCCUUUGUUUACGAGUGCAAGUAUGAGCUUGACUCUCUUGCCCAUUUCCUGAAGCUGGGUGCCGCGUUCCAUGAAAAUACUGGCUCUACCGAGUUCCUGACCGACCGAUGGUUCAAGGCCCUCCAAACGCUCCUUGAUACUAUUGACGCCCAGUCGCAGCCCACUUUCAACUCCGACAACCAAUUUGUCACUAACCAGUAUACCUUCCAGCGUGAGACUACCACCGGUACCGAGACUUUGAACCUGCAAGGUAUUGGCAACCCGCUCAACAGUGGCACUGGUCUCAUCCGCAGCGCCUUCCGCCCUAGCGAUGACGCUACCAUCCUUGGAUACUUCAUUCCACCCAAUGCCAUGAUGUCCGUUGAGCUUCAGAACAUUGCCAGGGUGCUGAAAAAGGCCGGUAAUCAUGACGACUUGGCCGACGAGCUGGAGCAGCGUGGCACAAAACUCGCCGCAGCUGUCCGCGAGAACGGCAUCUUCAACCACGCCAAGUACGGCGAUGUCUAUGCCUUCGAGGUUGACGGCUAUGGCUCACGUAUCUUCAUGGAUGAUGCCAACAUCCCUUCUCUCCUGUCUCUGCCUGAUCUUGGCUUCCUCGACGCGAGCGACCAGACCUACCAAAACACCCGCAAGAUGAUUACCAACAAGUCCGGUAACCCAUACUUCCUCGAGGGUCCUGCUUUCCACGGUAUCGGUGGUCCUCAUGUCGGUCUCGAAAAUGCCUGGCCCAUGUCCCUCCUGGUGCAAGCCCAGACUUCCGAUAAUGAUACCGAGAUUAUGGAGUGUAUCAACUUAGUCCGCGACUCGAGUCUACUCGGACUCGUGCACGAGUCUAUCAACGUCACCAACAUCAAGUCUUAUACUCGCUCUUGGUUCUCCUGGGCUAACUCCGUAUUCGCCGAGACCAUCCUGAAGGUUGCCGAAGAGCGCCCGCAUCUGAUCUUUGGCAAGGAUGCGAAGCCGUAUAGUCUUUAA